CCUGAGACGGGGAUGUCUGCCAUGAACAGCAAGGAAGAAGAUGGGGAAGACUGGACGGGGGACUUCAACCAUGCCGCGAGCCAGGACCCAUUUGAAGCUCAGCAGGAGUCUAGUGAGUCAUGCCAGCAGCUUCUGGCGUGGUGGCUUUGGAAGGUAUCCCUUCCAUGGCCACAGAAUGCCUGACUAUGAGGAGGAAGAGAAGGAAGAAGACUAGGGAACACGUGUUCUGCAAGAUCCUGUGAGCCAGUGCUGCAUUGAACCGUGAACGAAGGGCUUGAAUGAAGGGCUCCUAUUGUCUUGACUCUGCUCCCAUUAACUUCAGUACUGGCUGCUUUUGAAAUUCCACUCUUAACAUUAUCCCGUGGUUACAGAAGAUAGGCUGUGCAACACUUAGCCAGCCUGGAAACAGGGUAUUUCCAUUAGCACGGGUGAGAUGUCUGCCUUUAAGAUGAUGAUGUUUUCUUCAUGGUUAACCGUAAUCAAGAAAGUAUUGAUUCUGCAUCAAUCUGGGCCUAAAUUCUGAGGCAGGAGUCCUGUUUCUUCACCUGCAAUACAGCCUCUGUGGCAGUUUCAGGUUGGAAGGCACUUACCCAAGCACCCUGCAGGCAGCCACCUCUCCAUGAGUCCAGGAUGUCAAGAUAAUUCACUGCUAAAAAGGGAUGAACAAAACCAUGAACUUCAUACUCCUCCCCUGAAUAGGAACUUCUCAGGAUAUAACCAAAAGAAACUUCAGGAGGAAAAUACUAAAUUAAAGCAUGAACUAGAAGACUUAAGGUAUCAAUAUUCAAUAGUUUAUGGGUAGUAGUAAAUGGCUACAAGAAGGAGCUCACAUUCCUAUUUCGGGGUGAGAAGAAAAAAAAAGAGAGAGAACAAGCAAGAAAUUUACAACUGAAACUCCCCUCCCCCUGCUUUUCUGUCUCUAAAGAAAGCAGCCAUUUACAUGUUAACUAAUAACUUAUAUAAGGUGGUCCUACUUACAGAAGGAUUAAGUUCUCGAGCAGUCCUUAUGCUGGAGUUAAAGAAUUCUUUAGAGUCUCUGACUGAGAAACUCAGGUUUGACUUUGAAAACCAUUUCUCUGAAGUACUAGUUGCCCAAGCUGAACUUAUACAAAUGAUUGAAUUAUGUCAGGCCCUGAGAAACAGACUGCAAAGAAAUCAUCAAGCAACUGGUAUGGACAAUCUUGCAUUAUCGUGGAUGAUAUCAGGAAGAAACCUAGAAAAACAACCUCUGACCCUUCCCAUAGACCUUUGCUAUGGGAAGACAGAAAACUUAAACCUACGAUAUCUGAGUGCUCUUGAAGGAAAACUCAGCAAGUUGCUCAAACACCUGCUUGCCAUGAGGCAAACACUGAGCUUCAUACUUGCCCCAGGACAGGAGUCCUGUGAGAAAGCUCAUCAGAUACUACCAACUGUUGUUUAUGCUAGAUUGCUAAAUCAUGUGACUAGAUGUCAUCAAUCUCUGGAGGAAUGCUGCAGUGACUUGCUUGUUUUGACACUUAUUGUACCAUCUGCCCCUUGGAUACAUGCUCUGCAAGCUGAACUCAAUUUCCAUAGAAGCAUAUACAACCUCCAAGUUAAGUACACUGAAGCUGUUUUUGAGGGGAUAAAGCAAGCCUACCACACUUUUCAAGAGAAUGUUGUGUCAGUUCUGUGUUCACCGCUACAAGAUGUUCUUUCUUCUUACAUAAACCUUAAAGCGGAAGCUUCAGAGGUUGCUUUAAGGGACUUUCUCGCUGCUUUUAAAAACAAUGCCGAACAGAUCCAAAAUACAGUUGACACUUUGACUCUAUCAAAGAAUCAGCAGCACGAAGGUGAUGAGGCCCUGUCAAAGGUUUGGAAAAGAAUUCUUCCUCUCUUUGGAGCAUUCACUCAAAGACUGUGGGGAACAACGGGAUAAAGCAGCCAGUGAAAUGGAAACCUUACAAACUGAACUGGCUUUGGCCUUUGAAAACCUUCAGAGCUUAAGAAAGGAACGAAAAGAGAAGAAAGCAGAAUCCAUUCCUCAUUUUACAAAGUCUGAAGGGGGGAGAGUGCAGGAGGAGGAGCUGCAAGCGGCUUGGAUAAGAUUUCAAAAGAUAACCCAGUGCCAGAUUCAACACCCCUGCCUCCUCCACACAGUGAGAGUCUUUUGCCCAAACAUGUGUCUGCAGAUGCAUCCAGCAACUCAUCAGCCAAGCUGCAGCAGCAGAGUUCUACGGGGUUAGCCCUUCACCAGAAGGGGAAGAGCUCCCACAGGAGUAAGAGCGUGAAGCCCACUGCAAGGCCACCUUGGCAAGAUCAACCAUCACUUGAAUAUCUUUUUCUUCAAAAAUGGUCUGAGCUAGUUUGUAAUAUUAUGUGUUAUGAUGAACUCCAGGGGCAAGGGGCAAUCCUGCAAGGUGUUGGGAAAAGAAUUAAGUCAAGAGGACUGAGGGCACUCAACACCUUGUAAAUGGUGUUGGAAACCUCAUAGGGGGCCCGAUCAAAGCUCAUUAAAGUCAGUGACAAGAAUUCCCAUCCAUGGGCUUUGGAUCAGGUCCUUAGUAUUCAUGCUAGAAUGCAUGAAGCCAGAAGGACAGAAAUAGAGGGCUGGUGUUAAACUAGAACGAAUAGCUUUUGAAGAGGUAAUAUAUAAUGUUAUGCUGGAUGUAUGUGCUGUUUCAUCACAGAUGUGUUUUUACACCUUAUGAAGAUUAUAUAAUUACUUAAAAACAUAAAUCGCUGGCACCAGGCUUGGUUUUGUUUCAUUACCAAAAACAUGUAGUGGGCUUGACAGACCACAACCAUAUGACAAAUGUUUAUAAAUUUGUUUUUACUUGACAUGGCAUCUGUGUUGAAAGAAAAUCUCUCUAGAGUCCCAUGCUCAUGUGAAUGAUAAAACUCUUGAAUGCCCCAAAUUACUACAUAUGCAAGGGGAAAAGGACUGCAUUCACAAUGUUUACUGAUAACAAAUGGUUUUGGAGAGCCUUACUUUACUGAGAACAACCAUGUAAAUGAGUCAGAAUUGAGUGUGUAAUGUUUCCUGUUUUUAAAAUUUGAUAUUAUAUUUUUAUUCUAAAUCACUUUUUUGUUAAUUCUAAAGAUUAUAAAGUUUUAUUUUCUGGUGAGUGAAAAAUUGAAGUUGCAGACACAGAAUUUUUGUUGUAUUUCUAUUACUGUUCUUCCUUCCUUUUUCAUAGUACUAGUAAGAUCGGAAGGUCCAUUGGAGCAUUUAACUUUCCAAAGAGCCUGGAUGUUGGGAUGGGUGCAGACAGGAAAGCAAUAACUGAAAUAUUUGCUUGUGUCAUUUUUCUCUGUUCUACCAAAAGCAAGUGUUCUGCAAUGAUUACACCAACCACUUCA